AUGGAUAACAGUUUGACUCGGAUCCUAGUGAAUGGACUAACAUCCUCACCUAAGUUCAUCCCUACUUGGUAUAAUUAUGAUGAGGUUGGAUCGGAACUGGAACAUAAAUGUGUCAUGGAGAAUCCUGGUUACUACUUCGCAAAGAGCCAAAUGUCUGUGCUUCGAGAUAACAUAGAGAGCAUCAUUCCCAGCGUUCCUUACGAACUGACCUUGGUCGACCUAGGAAGUGGAAAUUGUUCCAAAACGAGACUCGUGAUUGAUGAACUACUCAAAAGACAACACAAACUUAAGUUUUACCCUGUGGAUAUUUCCAAAGAUUUUCUGCUGAAAUCAAUGAAAAAACUGUCAGAGGAAUACGACAACGAAGUAGAGAUCACACCUAUAGCUGCAGAUUAUGUACAGGGAAUCGAAGAACUCGGAAAAGUAGUGAAAGGUCCCAAACUGAUUCUUUGGUUUGGCAGUAUCAUCAACAUGUCUUAUGAUGAACAAGUGAACACGCUCAAGAUGAUUUCAACAGUAAUGACAAACAGGUGUGCAUUGUUAUUCAGUGCGGAUAUUACACAAGAUAGACCGACAAUCCUUGCAGCUUACAAUGACAAAGAAGGUCUGGAACAGAGGUUCGUGCAACAUGCUAUCACACGAUUGAACAAUGAGCACGGAAGUCAAAUAGAUCUGAAAAUGUUCACAUUUCACGUAGACUUCAUAUCAGACACCAGUUCCAAUCGUAUGAGUUAUGUGAGAAACUACAUCCAGGCUAAGAGAGAUAUCCUGUCUGCGAUACCUGGUCUAGGCAUCCAAUUACAUAUGAAGAAAGGAGAACGGCUUUAUUUCCACGAAGGCACUGGAUUCAGUUGCAAAUAUACACUGGAACAGCUAGAGAAUAUUGUCGACAAAGCAGGACUUUGCUUAGCUGACACUGUGACGGAUGAGAAUCAACACGCCAUUUUCUGCCAUUGCAAUGUGGUAUAG